AUGGCUUGUUUGGGUGAAAAUGUACCAGCAGAAAAUACGUCGACAAAUGCAUUCUACUGCCCAGCUUGCAUCGAGCGCGGUUGGAAUGUGCAGCCUCCUCCAGAAAUUCUACCGCUGACGCCCGCCUCAUCUCGUGAAACCAGCCCGGCCCCACAAAGUGCAAGAGACACAGCGGCCUCAGAUUUUCGCCAGCAACCUGAUCAAGUGGCAGCGGGAGAGCAAGAACGCCAUGUGCACACUGGGCUGGACCAGUCUUUCAAGAAUCCGCAGACUAUCUGCGAAAGCUCUGCUCCCAGAGCCUCUGUCACAGUGCCUGAUCAGAUACAAUCACAACAGCAGCCUUCACAAGAUCACAAUACGUCAUUCGGAACACGACCUAGCCAGGUCGUUAAAGCCCAACAACAACAACAACAACAACAACAACAACAACAACAACAACAACAACAACAGGAAGCUUUAUUGAACAGGCUAAGAGGAGACCGCUCCUCAGCGUCCUUCCGGUCCCCUAUGCCCAUUGACAGUACUGUGAAUCAAACAACUGCUGCAUCUAGAUCGAACCGGGCAAAGUCCAGGUAUCAAACCAUGCCUGAUGAGGUGGACCAAGCGCUCACAGUCAUAUAUCGUGAACUGGAGUCCGUCACAGCUCUGAGGCAAGACAUUGCUGAGCUUCAAGAUCGAGUCAGGGCCGCCGAGCAAGCGCGUCAGAUUUCAGAAGGCCGUCUGGCUCUUGAACGCUCAAGUCGAGAGGCCACUGCCAGCAAGGAUGCCGAAAUAGACUCUCUAAAGCAGCGCCUUGCUGCGCUAACACGGAGCCACGAAUUGCUCGUGCAAGAGAACAAUGCCCUGAAACAACGCAUGCAAGACGAACAGACGUUCACUAAGGCGAGGCUGGAGGAGAUGCAAGCCCUGAAGGCGAGUCUUCGCCGGUUGCUUGGUGAUUGA